AUGGUCGGUGAAUUUCACGUCAUAGAGUUGGUUCAAACACAAGGAUCAAAAUGGCAUUGCAAGCAUUGUAGAACUAUCAACAACUACUAUAAAGAGAAAAUUAUGGUAGAGGUCCUGGACACUUUGGGUAUGAAGGGUGUCAAGUCCUCGCCCUAUGUCAAACGAGAAAUGGAAGCUCAACUACAUUACAAAUUCGUCCGUACUGGUGUAAAUUUGGAACAAUAUAUUCAACAUUAUAUAACACAACUUAUUCUUUAUCAAUCAAAUCUAUACUUAUACCUUGCGAUCAGUUCAAUUCAACAAAUCAGUCAUGCAUUAAAUUGGUGGCAAUUAAUUCUUUGA